UUUGAUAAUUUACCCGGCGCUCGCUCCCGCGGAGGGCUGCGCGCCGCGGCUCGGCCGGCUCCGCAGGGCCCCUCCGGGUGCGAGCAGGGGACAGGCCCGGCCGCUGCUCCCGGCCCCGCCGUGCGCCCACCGGCCCCCGCCGCCGCCAUGCCCGCCCUCCGCCUCGUCGCCCUGGGGCUGCUCCUGGCGCUGGAGCCCGUCUCGGGUCAGGAAGCCAAGCGUAGCCUCCAGCAGUGGUUACAAGGUGUCAUCGCAGUUGUUGUGUUUCUAGUCCUGGUGGCCAUCGCUUUCGUGGUCCAUAGGUUCUGGUGUAAGGAGAAAGAGGAAAGUGUUGAGGCGGCGGUGAGCAUUGGAGGCAAGCAGGAAGCUGUCCUGUCCAACGGCCACGAAGGGAGAUACCUAACAGCGGCAGCUGACUUCAGGUCCAAAGAGAGCCAGCAUGCCUAUGACAACACCUGGGAGCCCGAGGAGAAGGUGGUCAUCACCGCAAUGUAGCAUGUGCCCUGGCGAUCAGCCCCUCAUUCUCCCUCUCCACCCCUCACUUUGCUUCCCUCUGUCAUAAUGGGCAUUUUCACAGGGACCCUCUGCACUGAGUUCCCCCAUACAUGACUGCUGCCUCGACCUCUCCACGUCACUGUCAUUUUCCGAACUUCUCCCUUUCCAUGUCCCAUAUGCAGGAUGGCUUAUGUUGUUCUGCCUCUUAGCAAGGCUCCUCAGAGGCUGCUAUCCAUGUGGGGAUCUGUCUUCGGGAGAGUGAGACCUCUCCGGCCGUGGGAUCACCAGACCCCAUAGCUCAGGCCAAUCUUUCCUGAUCCCUGGGGAUCCACGGGGAUGCUGACCUGCUCCAAACAUGACCGUGGGCCCGGAGCCGAUCAUGGCAGUCUCAUGUUGGUUGUGUGGGACUGUGCUGGUCCUGGAGGCAUUUCGGGGUUCCCAUCCUUGCUUAGCCUGGGAGAGGGAAGGGGAGUGGAUGUCCAAGAGAGCAGCCAAAGCCCUGGGACCGACACAGAGGGCAGGAGAAACCCACCCUCCUCUCCACCCCUCCAGGCACAGGAGAGCCUGGUCCUGAGUCGCAGCCGCCCCUACCCGAUUGCAUCCCCAGCAGCCCCAGGGCUGGUUGUCCCUUCACUGACACGUUGCCGCUGUCACCUCUCAUUACUAGCUCUGCCAGGGACCUGGCCGCUCUGGAUACAAGGCCAAACAGGGCAGGGGGCUCCCUCUGCCCCCGCCUGCCCCCAGCCACCCUCCCGGGAGCUGCCGAUUGAAAUCUGCUCUCUUCUCUGUGUUUCACUCUCCUUUGCAAAACCAAAGCUGCUGAACCAAGCAUCUUAAUUUCAGGACAAAUUUAUUCCUCUGUAUAUAUCGUCCCUGUGAGCAAUAAAGAGAAUUGUCCUUCAAUACAA